AAUGGCCGAAUCUAAGGCGGACGCCCACGCCAGCGUCAGCGACGGAGAUACGUAUUCGCGAGACCACACACCAGCUCGAGGGCAAACAGCAGCCAUGUCAAUGAACCGAAUCCUCACUGAGCUAUCGACAUUGAUGCCACAGACGCAAUUCCAUGACCACAGGCAGCAGUUGGACUUUGAUCUAGAUGCCGACAGCACUUGGCAUAGAGGGACGUUACGACAGCUUUCCACGACCGAAACGAACAAAGCCCGAUCACUGUUUCUGACGCUGCACGUCUUGUUCCCACACCAUCUUCUUCCAGCGUUGGACCUACUAGACCGAAGCCUGCUAACCCGACUCCUUUAUGGAGCCCAAGAAGUUGCAGAUGGUGUGUCCGAGGGUCAACAGAUGACGCCAGGGCUCGACCAGGCAAGCGAUGUCUUCUACGUUCAAUCUAGCUCGGCGCUGUCCGGGACAGGACGAAAAACGGCCGCUAUCAAUCGCACAGCUGUCUACUACGAAGUCAGGCUCGACAGUUGGAACUGCACGUGUCCGGCGUUUGCAGUCGACGUGGCAAGCGGUCUGAUGAGGAUGGAUCACGGCCAUGGGCAUAACGCCGUAAAUGAGGAGAACUAUGUUCGGGAUAAGGGCCAGGCAAGAUAUAUGGUCGAACCCUGGAGGUUCGGUGGAGCUUUGACCCUGUUGGCCUCGGACUAUAUGACCAACGAUGGCGAGCAUGACACAAGAGUCGACUCUGGUCACGGUGUUGGCGUCCCUGUGUGUAAACACAUUCUGGCUGCGGCACUGGCAAGGGCGGCGCCAGCUUUGUUUGGAGCCAGUGUGGCGGAAAGACAUGCUACAAAGAAAGAAUUGGCAGGAUGGGGAGGGGGAUGGGGGGAACUGGGUGGUCACUGUUGA